GCCAAACAUUCUUGAUCUAUUUAAUUUAGUUACAAUAGAAUAUCGAUCCGUGGAAAGAUCAUUGAAUUAAUUUAAUUAAAUGUUUUAAUUGUGUUGGAAGAACAACAGAAAAAAUAAAAUUAAUAAUGUCAGAUAAUAAGUCAUUAUUCUAAGAUAUAGAUAGCUAUCUGAAUCCAGUGAAAGAUCAAUGUUCCGAUAGAGAUUGCUGACCUCUCGACGGGACUUCAAUUGUUUCUAUCGGUGAUUAUGAUAUUUCUGUUGUGCUAUUGAUUGUUUUUUCACUAUUUUCCUCGAAGUGACGCGGAGACGAGUGUCGAUAUGGCAAUGUAACACACCCACAGGGGACAACUCGACACAAUAUAAAUGUCCAUUUUCCACAACGACUCACCCACAAGCCCUAUCAAACAGUUACCGUCGAAUUUUGAGGUUUCGUGCUCAACAUCUUGGGUUGCGUGACACGUGUCGACGACCACACCAUACAGAGAUCAAUAGUCCAGUGAAAUUGUACAUGAGACGAGAUGAAAACAUCGGGGAGGUGAGCGAAUACGGAAUUUGAUGUAUUGACGGAACUAUAACCUACAAGUGUAUGGACGGAGGAGGGGUACCUCCAAGAAAAAUACGACGGAAUAAAACGAAAGUAUCCAUUGUCAUCAGCUUAUUAUUUGAUGUAAACGUGAAAAAUAUCGGAGAAUCUUCUGAAUACAGCAUCGUUACGGUCGGAUGCAUUUCUUCCGCCUGAAGGAUGAAGAAUCCACUUUGCAAAAAAAAGGCAACGAGGAUGAAUAAAAAAAAUAAUAAUAGGAGAAGUUGCUGGAGAAGAAGUGUCUAUAUGUGCUGAAUAAUCAAACCAUGGCGUAACUGUGCCUGUACUCUCCUCGCUGCUGGAUAAGAUCGAGAGAAAAUUGUGUAAAAUAACGAAAAAAUGAUGAUGGAGGGAGGAGUUGGAAGAAUAACGAUAGAUGUAUCGAUAAACGAUUCAUUCAUUAACCUGAAACACGAGGAUACCCUGAAGGCAAGUUCCCACGUAUAAAACAGUUGUUGAGUCUGAAGGCGAGCGAGUACAUUGAGAAUGAUAAAGGAUUACCCAAGAGGAUCUAUCGGAAGGCGCCGAAGUUCCCCUUCGAGUGGGAGAAACGCUCGUUUCUGAAAGAAACCCAUUCAGAAGGAACGGAUAUUUUAUUAUGUUAUUAUAUUUUUUCCUUCACUUUCACAACAUACAUACAACACGCACACACACAUGGCUGCUGCUGGGCAUUCGCACAAUUGUGCGCGGGUCAAGGAGUUCAAGUGAAAGUAUUAAAUAUCAGUGGCCUCCGGAUAGAUCUGCAGCGAUAUAUACUCAGUAUUCGACUUGGAGAAUUUGUCUUUCAUUAAAUGAAGGCUCUGGAAGAAGAAACUCGGAGAAUCAUUGUAACAGCCCUGGAGCGUUGGACGAUACUUAGUGAUCGUUCCAAUUAUCCGGCCUCUCAAUUCUCAAAAACUAAAUGAGCCAGAAUUGGAGAAGGGAGUGAAAGAAAUUGCAGAGGGGAAUAUCCCUGGACAUCUCGAGGCAGGGUCCCCAUAUUUGUUAUACCAGAGGAAACACCUUUCGGUGUAUAACCAUAGCAGAGUGGGACGGGGAAGGAGUUUAGCUUGAGCGAUCGACGACUUUCAACCGGCAGUAAGCAUCACGACGCCAUGGGAAGCCGAUCGUCAUCGACAUCCAGGGAUUACCUGGCUCUAGUUGCUCUGUUCCUUCUCGUCACACAGGGAUGUUGUGCCGAGUACUAUGGGAAGCUAAUUGGCAAGUUAUCAGAACUAAAUCAUCACGUUAGUGGUGAAGUUUAUGCGGUCGACGCCAGAACACUCUUCAUCAAGGAUUUAACGUAUGACGGCGAGGGUCCAGCUGCUUACUUUUACGCCGGAAAUUCAAAAUCACCGAUUACCAAUGGAUUCAGGAUUAGAGAUGAACGGGGAAUGUCUGGUCCACUUCAUCGAUACAAAAAGCAGAGUAUCACCUUGACACUGCCUGAGGGAAAGACCUUGAACAAUGUAAAAUGGUUUGCCAUUUGGUGUGAUGACUUUUCCGUGAACUUCGGAGACGUGAGAAUACCGAGAGCUUUCGACUAUCCAAAACCACAGAAACUCGCACCACUGAAUGGAGUUCAUGGAGUCAGUUCCGAACCAGUGGUCGUUGUUGAUGCUCAGACAUUGCUGAUACCGGGUUUCAGCUAUGAUGGGGAAGCACCAGACGCUAAAUUCUGGGUUGGAGCUGGACCCCACCCGUCCUCCCAAGGUAUACGUGUACCGGACGAGAAUGGAAAAAUAAAUCCACUGCGACGAUACGACAGAAAAACAAUUGUCCUGACAUUACCAGAUGACCUGACUGUACAUGAGCUCGGUCACUUUGGUGUUUGGUGUGAGGCAUUCACCGUUGACUUUGGCCACAUUGAAAUUCCACAAGGUCUCAAUAUACCACCAUCCCUCAAGAUGCUGGGCGUUUCGCCUCAGUCUAAACUGAACUGCGAAGUCCUGGAGGACAACCUGGCCUUCGAGGUGAGAUGGGCUGUUGCUGGGGACAGUAUCGUUGUUCAACUCGUUGGAAAACUCGAUGCAGGACAGUACAUGUCCUUCGGAUUGUCUGCAAAUCCUGAGCGCAGCGCAAUGGUGGGAGGUGACGUGGUUGUCGCUUGGGUUGAUAAGCAAACCCUCCAGGGCUAUGCUGUGGAUUACUUCCUUGAUGCCAAGUCCCAGUGCUCUGGAGGUCGUGGGAGCUGCCCUGAUACACGGAUACAGGAAAACACAAAUUCUGUACGUCUUCUGAACGCAGCAAUGGUUAAUGGCUACAGUAUCGUGACAUAUCAACGACCACUUAGCGCUUCCGAUGAGUUGGACAGGCAGAUUCGCACCAAUGGCUCCCAAGCAAUCAUCUGGGCCAUUGGUCCGCUCAACGAGAGGAACGAGGUCAGUUUCCAUUCUCACUAUCUCAAGACUGAUAGGUUUAUCGAAUUUGGAAGACCACCGUCCUGGAAUUGUCCAAUGCCCGACAUGGAGCAGAUUCACACACAUCACGAUGACAAUACCAAUAAGGGAAGUAACAAGCAAGAGCUAGUGGCGACAACUCGAAGACCAUCAAGACCUCCAGCGACACCCGCUCCAGCAGCUACAAGUGACGCUUGGGAAAUUCCACCGAUUCAGUGCAACGAACCUGACGAUGGAGUUUUUUACGCCCAGAUGGGACCCACCGGAGGCAAGCACGGAUACCCGGCCAUUACUGGGCACGUCGGCUGGGGAAUAAGUUGGUAUAUCAAUGGGCUUCUUAUCCCGGAGAUUAACGUUGUUAGAGGAAAAACAUACACUUUCGUCGUCGAAGGAGGUGACGAUCCCGAGACACCAGCUAUUUACCAUCCCUUCUACAUUACUGAUGAUCCCAUUGGCGGUUAUGCGCACAAAACACCCGAAGAAAAAUCUCAAGUGACAAUUUUCGCUGGAGUUAGACGACAAAGGGGCGCAGUGGUGCCCACCGGCUACGGGAGACUCUGUCGAUGGGUGCACGAUGAAAAUGCACCAGAAGCCGACGACUACGCUUCAUUCGGCGCUUUCCAAAGGACAUUGUCCCUCAAGUGCAAUCCUGGUGAGCCAGGAAUUGUUGAAUGGACUCCUGAUAGAAAUACUCCAGAUACUGUCUAUUAUCAGUGCUUCACCCACCGUUAUUUGGGCUGGAAAAUAAACGUCCACGAUAGCUGUGAUGUUCAGGGUGCAGGAAGUGAGAAUCACAACGUGUACGCGCAACCAGAGCUUUCGGACCAACAAGCCGGGGAUCUUGACGGUGCAAGCAGUAUCGGUGUAUCCAGCAAGGUAACUCCAGCCCCAGAUUUCUACCAGGCCCAUCAGAAUUAUGAUCAACGACCCUUCAACUACGUCAAUAUGAAAUAUCAACAUACCCAGCAUAAUCCGUCGUACGUUUACUCGAGAACACCGAUGAGUAAACAAACUCAGGUAAUGAUUUUUAGACGGCCAGGGAGACGACCAAUGCCGCAGGAAGUACCACCAGAAGUUCCGAGAUUUAUGGAGAGAAAAAAGGCCGUUUACAGACCGUUAAAAAAUCCACAAGUUACGAAAUUAACAAAAAUUGAUAAACAGAGAGCCAAGAUUGAAGCUAAAAUAUCAUCCGAGACUAGUGAUUCAGUGAGUGUCAAACCAGCGAGAAAUACCGGGUUUGAUCCAGAUUCAAUUGUUAUUGAGGGUGGAUUCAAACCUAUCAUUCGAACGGUUGAUCGUGAGGAUGAGGUGGCCAGGGGACAGGAUUAUUGGACUUAUCACUGGGGUGAACCAAAGACGAGUGCUGAUGAGAAGAUGAAGAAGCAGGAUGCAUUUGAACCCGUUUAUCUGGGAUCUGGUCGGAGUGAUGUUAACAAACUCAGAAAGAAGAUUCAGCCGGACAAAGUUAAACAGAGGCUUGAUGAUAUUGAUGACAUGGAAAUGGCUGCUGAUGGAUUGGACGCGUAUUAUUUACCACCUUCCAAUAGUGGACUGGGAACAAAGCGAAUUGAUGAUCGAUUAACUGGUACAUUGAUUGCUUUCGAUGGAAAAAGGGUCAAGGACUCGAGCCUCGCUAGAUCCAUUCCCGUAAGGGUCGAUGAACUAUCGUCACGUAAUCCCGGGGGAAAACUCUCCGAUGUACUCACUAGGACCCCGCAAUUUGGUAAAUUCAGGGGUGAAUUGCCAUCCUCAAUCCCUGGAGAUGUUAGAUCAGAGAAUAUUCCACAAUUUGACCAUCAUACCACCAAAUUGACAGCUAAAAGAACCAAGAGAUCGUCUCACGGAGAUAUCAUUAGUCAAAAUGCCACUCAUCAUGAUCACUCAAUGUUGACAAGCACUGGACAAAUGAUCAUCACCAACAUUGAGUAUGUGGUUCUAACAGUCAUCCUCUAUUUUGUAAUUUGAUAGAUCAUCUCGUUUUUUACAUCGUUUUUCAUAGUUUUUCGUUCUUUACAAUAAACAUCGCAUCGUGUCAAAUCGAUCGAUUCAUCGCUUUUGCUCAAUAACUGCAUAACGCGAAGCUCAUUGUUGCAGAAUAUUAUAUGAAAUCUGUAUUGUUCAACGUCAACUUUACAUCUGCCUCUCAGUGGCGUUUUACCGACAUUGUUUAGCUGUCUAGGGAGUUAAUUUUAUUGUUAACUUUACUCCACUCGUUUCUCAUCAUAAUGGUGGCUAUUUUCAACUCAUACAAGUUAUCACUUUAAUUACAUGGUUUUUUUUUGUUCAAAUCUUAGUUCUGGCACUCAAUCCCCAUUCUCCGCUUACUGAUAUUAUUCUACAUUAUUGUCAUCACAAUAUUCAAUUUAUUUUUUUCAUAUAUAUGAGGAAAAAGAAAAAAAAACGGUUGUUAAGUUUGCAAGCGUAUGUGUACAUAGAUUAAGUAGUCUGUUAUAAAUGAUAGAAUGUAUUCCGAUUGAGAGAUUAAACUUUUGG